AUGGCGGAGAUUGUUAUUCUUCUAGCCAUUAAAAAGAUUGGAAUUGCCUUGGCAAAAGGAGCGGCAGACCAAGCUAGCAUGCAGUUUGCGAAGUAUGGGGCACAACUACUAGAGCUAAAGGGCAGCAUGCGUUGUGUUGCCAGGGAGCUUCGCGUAAUGCAUGAUGUUCUAUGUGAAAUGGACAUUCGAAACCGCAACAAUCAAGUAUACAAGGGUUGGUUGGAGGAGGUACGGAAAGUAGCACAUGUGAUGGAGGACAUGGUGAAUGAGUACUUAUAUCUAGUUGGUCCGGAACAUGAUAUAGGUUGUUGUUUUUUCCUAAAGAAAGGAUUCAAAAAGCCAAUAUCUCUACUUUCUUUGAACCGGAUAGCUUUCAAGGUGAAGGAAGUAGAGAAAGAACUUUCACACUUGUCAGAGACAAAAAAUCGCUGGGUUCCAAUGAUAAACAACGGGGAUACUAGCAACUCAAAUUACAUUGUCAAGAGAUCCCAAGAGCUAGCAAACAUUUCACGCUCCCUUGAUGAAGAAGAUUUAGUGGGGGUGGAUAAAAACAGAGAAAAACUCGAGCAAUGGUUAGCAGGUGAUGAUCUGGAAUGCUCUGUGAUAGCUCUGCUCGGAAUGGGAGGUCUUGGUAAAACUGCUUUAGCUGCUAAUGUGUACAAGAAGGUGAGGGAGAAAUUCCAAUGCCACGCCUGGGUUUCUGUCUCUCAAACUUAUUCUAGAGAAGAUGUCUUGAGGAAUAUAAGCAAGGUACUUUUCAAAGAUAAUGUCACUGUUCUAUCUAAAACUACAGCUAUGGACAUCACAUGCCUUGAAGAGAUGGUGAAGAGUUUUCUUGAGCAGCACAAGUAUUUGAUUAUUUUCGAUGAUGUUUGGACUCCGGAAACAUUUGAUGAUUUGUCUGGGACGCUUAUUCAUAAUGAUAAGGGUAGUAGACUGAUAAUCACAACAAGGGAAGGUGAUGUUGCUGCACUUGCCUCUCAAGGACAUAUCUUAAGACUGGAAGCUUUACCAGAAGAGAAGGCAUGGGAUCUUUUUUGUAAGAAAGCCUUUCCAAGGAAUGCAAAUCAUGAAUGUCCUACAAAAUUGAAGCCAUUGUCCGAGGAAAUAACUAGCAAGUGCAAAGGCUUGCCUCUUGCUAUUGUUCUAUUUCCGGAAGACUAUCUUUUACAUAGGAAACAACUUGUGCGGUUAUGGACAGCAGAGGGGUUCAUCGAGGAGAGGGGUGAAAGCACAUUAGAGGAAGUGGCAGAAGGAUAUCUAAAGGAAUUGAUUGACAGAAACAUGCUACAACUUAUUGAAAGGAAUCACUUUGGUAGGAUGAAGAAAUUCAGAAUGCAUGAUCUCUUACGUGAGCUAGCAGUUGAUUUGUGCAAGAAGAAUUGUAUUGGUGUUACUUAUGACGAUGAAUGUGGGGGGUCUCUUGAGAUGAAUGGACGACGACUGGUACUCCACAAACAUCAGCAAAUUUCUGGUCUACACCAACUUCGUACAGUCAUUACACUAUGCAAUCGGAUGCCAUCAACCACUAUACCUUUGCUAUGUAAGGAGUCAAGAUAUUUAACAGUGCUAGAAUUAAGUGGUCUACCCAUCAAGAAGAUUCCAGAUGCAAUUGGAGAUCUUUUUAAUCUCCGCCAUUUGGGUUUGCGUAAUUCAAAAGUGAAGAUGCUCCCAAAGUCUGUUCAGAAGCUUUCAAAUUUGUUGACACUGGACCUUUAUGGAUCUGAUAUAUAUGAGUUGCCUAGUGGGAUUGUGAAGCUGAAGAAGCUCAGGCACUUAUUUGUUGAGAGAGUAAUAGAUCCGACUUGGAGAGAGCUUACAUGUCGCGGUGGUGUAUGUAUCCCCAAUGGUCUUGGAAACCUAACAAAUCUGCAGACAUUGCAAGCAUUGGAAGCACAAGAAGAGUCUCUUAGGCAUUUAGGGGAGCUGAGGCAAAUGAGAAGCUUGAGGUUAUGGAAUGUGAAGGGAAUUUACUGUGGGCUUAUCAGCGAAUCUCUAGUUCAGAUGCAGUAUUUGUCCUACCUAAGUGUGAAUGCAAGUGACGAGAAUGAGGUUCUAUUGUUGAAUGUCUGUCUGCCAAGCCUGCAAAAGCUAGUUUUGAGAGGACGACUAGCGGAAGGGGCCUUGGAUGAGUCUCCUCUCUUCCAAGCUGUUGGGGGGCAGAACUUGUAUUCAUUGUCUCUAUACUGGUCACAGCUGAGAGAAGACCCCCUUCCAUCCCUUUCUCAGUUGUCAAAUUUGACGCGUCUAUGUUUCACCAGAGCAUACAACGGGGAGCAGCUGACAUUUCUCACGGGGUGGUUCCCGAAGCUAAAGGUUCUCUGGCUAAGAGACCUGCCUAAUCUGAAUCGGCUAAAGAUACAAGAAGGUUCCAUGACGAGCCUCGAAAGAUUAUUCUUAGGCAACCUCAGCAGCAUGAGGGAGGUCCCAGCUGGCAUUGAGUUCCUCAUGCCCCUCAAGUUCCACCUUCAUUCGCCCACGCAGUUCUUCACUUCAGUUGCCACUGCCUGCAUACUACUUAUUUCUUUGCAUUACCUGUUUGAACUUCUACUCGCGUUCACGUCGUGA